AUGCUCUUCCCUGUGGGUUUAUAGGAAGAGUUAGCUCAAUCACAACAACUGGUAAUUAAUUAUGAUAAAAAAUCGAAAGGAUUCAAAAUUAGUGGUAUUGCAGUAGCCCCAUCCUCUCUUUUUGAAUUACAUUUAUAUUGGAUUGCUAUUAUUGAUCCUAGAAUUGUAGUUAUCACAUUCGAAACAUGGGAGGUUUAAUAAUUAAAAACUGGUUCAGGUGAAAGGGAAGUAUAAUACAAAAUUGACCAUAAUUUAGAAGAUACAACAAAUGGUAUAGUAUCACUAAUUGGCAUCAAACAUUCUGCUUAUAGUUCUACCAUUGAAAUAGAUGUAAAUUUUUUAUAUGUUUUUGGGAAACUACUAACUUAUUUCUCUUAUAGCACUUAGAGGGUAUGAUAUAAACAAUGUUGCCAAUAUUAGAUUAAAAUAUACAAUGUUGCAUUGA